UAUUUCAGUUUUUUGAACAUACAAAUAAGUGCCUAAAGAUUUUAUAAAACAGACAACUUUAGAAGCUAUGAAUUAAAUACAUUUAACAAGUCCAGCACAUCUAACAUAUACUAAAUAAAACUCAGCUAUUAUAAGAAGAAAUAUUAAAAACAGAUGUUUUUUACUCAACCCCAACUCUUUGAGUUGAGUAAAAGCAAUCAGUUCUAUCAAGUUUCCCCUUUUGGUAUUCUGUUUUUACAAUUUAUAUUGCUGCAUUUUAUUGAUUUGAUUUGAAACCAAAAAGCCGAAUAUAUUGUUCAAUGUUGAUUCUGAUUUAUUGAAACCACAAAAUAAAAUAAAACUGACAAAAGAAAUGAAAAAGAAGAAAGCAACAGAGAAAGAUAUCAAAGAAAAACAGCUGAGACUAUUCUCAUUGGCAGAUUUUGGAAACUCCAACUGUCUAGCAAUAAGAAGCCACGAAACAGCUGGUACCAAAGAGCCAAAAACUGGUGCUUCAACUACCUUCUUCACAGCGAUAAUCAAGCAGCAAAAACAGACACUUUUAUAGUAGGUCUUCCAUGUUGGGCCUCUCAUGUUGGGUUUCUCAUGUUGGGCCUUUCCUUAUAUCAGAACGUCUUCCAAAAGUCCUGUCCCGAUUGGAAAGGUCGGCCACGUUGCUGGAACAUGCGCGUUUCGGCACCGUCGCUGCGGGAACAACCAUUAAUCCAGCUCUUUGGUGCUGGGAGUAGUUUUCGGUUCACCAAUACUUUUUCUUUUUUUUGCAGUUUUUUUCACUUUUCUGUGUGCAUCUCAGAG